GGGGCUGUACCGGGGGAGCCCAGAGCGGGUGGGAGAACCUCGGGGGGUACCCGGUGCUGACAGUGGCCCGCAGGUGGCCCCCGGUGCUGGUCCCGUGCGCAGCCCCGCGCUGCAUGGACUGGUACAUGAUGAACUGCGAGCUCCUGGCUACCUGCAGCGCCCUGGGCUACCUGGAGGGCGAUGUGUAUCACCGGGAGCCCGACUGCCUGGAGAGCGUCAAGGACCUGAUCCGGUACCUGCGCCAUGAGGACGAGACCCGGGACGUGCGGCAGCAGCUGGGGGCGGCCCAAAUCCUGCAGAACGAUCUCCUGCCCAUCAUGGUGCAGUACCCCCAGGACAAAGUGCUCUUCGACGCCGUCAUCAGGUUGAUGGUGAACCUGACACAGCCGGCCCUGCUGUGCUUUGGGAAGGUGCCAGCAGAUGCCACCUCCCGGCACCACUUUCUCCAGGUGCUGUCCUACCUGCAGGCCUACAAGGAGGCUUUCGCCAGUGAGAAGGUGUUUGUGGUGCUCAGUGAGAAGCUCUACAGCCUCCUGCAGCUGGACUGGGAGCAGCGGCAGGAGGAGGACACGCUGCUGAUCGAGAGGAUCCUGCUGCUGGUGCGCAACGUGCUGCACGUGCCCCCGGACCCCACGGAGGAGCAGGGCGUGGACGGCGACGCCAGCGUGCACGACCGGGUGCUGUGGGCGCUGCACAUCAGCGGCAUGGACGACCUGCUCAAAUUCCUGGCCAGCGCCCAGGUGGAGCAGCAAUGGGGCCUGCACGUCCUGGAGAUCAUCUCCCUCAUGUUCCGUGACCAGAGCCCGGAGGAGCUGGCGGCGCUGGGACAGGGGAUGGCAGGUGCUGAGCACGGGGAGGACACGCGGGAGCUGGAGGCUCUGCGGCAGCGGGAGCUGGCCGAGAAGAAAGCCCGGGCACUGCAGCGCACGUCCAGGCACUCCCGCUUUGGUGGCUCCUACGUCCUGCAGGGCCUCAAGUCCAUCGGGGACCGGGAUGUGGUGUUCCACAAAGGGCUGCACAAUCUGAAGAGCUACAGCCACGACCUGGGCAAGGAGCCGCAGCGGGUGCCCCGGCGCCGCCAGGCCGCCCCCGAGUCCGAGCCCUCGCGCCGCUCCGCCCGCAACGUCCGCCUCUUCCUGCGCCGCUUCUGCCAGGACUUCCUGGAGGACUGCUACAACCGCCUGAUGCUGCUGGUCAAGGACCAGCUGGUGCGGGAGAAGGCUCAGCAGCACGAUGAGACCUAUUACCUGUGGGCCACCGCCUUCUUCAUGGCCUUCAACCGGCUCCACGGCUUCCGCCCCGAGCUGGUGUCCGAGACCGUGGGGGUCCGAGCCUUCCACUUCAUCGAGCAGAACCUCACCACCUAUUAUGAGAUGGCACUGAUGGACAAGAAGGAGGCAACAACCUGGGCCCGCAGGAUGCACUUGGCCCUGAAGGCGUACCAGGAGCUGCUGCGGACGGUGCAGGAGAUGGACCGGUCCCCAGAGCAGGCGGUGCGGGACAGCAGCCACAUCAUCAAGAGCAACAUCUUCUACCUGAUGGAAUACCGGGAGCUCUUCCUCACGCUCUUCCGCAAGUUCGACGAGACCAAGCAGCCGCGCAGCUUCCUGCGGGACCUGGUGGAGACGGCCCACCUCUUCCUCCGCAUGCUGGAGCGCUUCUGCCGCGGCCGUGCCAACCUGGUGGUGCAGAACAAACGUGUGCGGAGGAAGAAGAAGCCUCGUGCUCCCGCGGCUCCUGCCCCGCCGAGCGCCGCGGAGCUGGAGCAGCUGUGGGAAGGAUUGGCCCCGCGGCUCCAGGCCUGCCUGGAGGGCGAGGUGUCCCUCCCCGAGGACGUGGUGCCCUUCGACGCCGCCUCGGAGACGCCGGUGGAGGAGCAGCGCGCGGAGGCUGUGCUGCGCAUCCAGGAGUGCCUGCGGGAUUCCCGCGUGGCCCAGGCCCUGCAGCUGCUCCGCUCAGCCAGGGAGGUUUGGCCCGAAGGGGACGUGUUCGGAGCCGCGGACGCGGGGCCGCCCGAGGAGACCCGGCUGCUGCGGGAGAUCCUCGUCGCUCCCCUGCCCAGGCAGGCGCCCGCCGAGCCCGAGGAGCUGGAGGAAGAGGAAGAAGAGGAGGAAGAAGAGGAGGAGCAGAUCAUGCAGGUGUCGGAGAAGGAAUUCAACUUCCUCGACUACCUGAAGCGGUUCGCCUGUGCCCCCGUGGUGCGGGCGCUGGUGCUGCUGCUCCGAGGGUACGCACGGAACAGCCCCCGCACCAACCACUGCGCCGCGCGCCUGCUGCACCGCCUGGCCCGCGACCUGCGCAUGGAGCCCCUGCUCUUCCAGCUCUCCCUCUUCGCCCUCUUCCACCGCCUGCUCAGCGACCCCGCGGCCGCCGCGCACCAGGAGCUGGUGGCCUUGGCCAAGUUCAUCCUGGGCAAGUUCUUUGCGCUGGCAGCCACCAACAAAAAGGCUUUUGUGGAGCUGCUCUUCUGGAAGAGCCCGACUGUCGUCUGGGAGAUGACCAAGGGCUACAGCUCCCUGCAGGAGGGAGAAGGCACCACCCGGAGCCGGGUCCCCCCCUGGACGCCCCAGGAGGAGCAGGAGCUGCGGGAGCUCUACUGGAAGUACAAGGAGGUGGAAGGUGGGGACAUCAUCGCUGCCAUCCUGGCCCAUCUCCCGACGGCCGGGCGGACGCGGAGGCAGGUGGUGAAGCAGCUGGUGCGGAUGGGGCUGGCCAGCAGUGCCAAGGACUUCCCACGGGAGAGGAAGGGCACUCACAUCGUGCUGUGGACGCAGGAGCAGGAGGAGGAGCUGACGCGGCUCUUCGAGGAGUUCCAGGGCUCGGACGAUGUCCUGGGGAACAUCAUGAAGCACCUGACGGCGCGGCGCUCGCGGGCUCGCGUGGUGGAGAAGCUGCUGGGGCUGGGGCUGGUGGCCGAACGCAAGGAGCUGUACAAGAAACGACGGAGGAAGAGCCACGGCCCUGGGCAGGCUGCCACAGGUGUCCCGGCCAUGCCAGCUCAAGACAGCUCAGGAGAGGAUGACAGCGAGGAGGAGGAAGAGGAGGAUGAGGACGAAGCAGAGGGAGACCCCCUGGAGGAGCACUGGGUGCCCGAGGAAGGGGCUGGGCAGGACCUGGCGCAGCGCCUGCAGCAGGAAGGCCUGGCCGGGCCCCUGCGGUGGCUGGAGAACUGUCUGCGGAGGGUGGCAGGGGACCGUGAGGAGGACGGCGUGUCCCACCCGGUGCCGCUGGUGCCGCUGACGGAGGAGAACGAGGAUGCCAUGGAGGACCGGCGCUUCCGGAGCCUCCUGCGGCAGCUGGGGCUGCGGCCCCCCGCCAGCGAGCAGGACGCGGCUGCCGGCCCGCGGCCACCCCAGCGGGAGCGAGGGGACCCCCGGGAGCUGCCAGGGCUGAACCAGAGCAGAGGAACUCCUGAGACCACCCAGAACCGAGCAAGAGAACCCCCGAGACCACCCAAAGCUGAGCAGGAGAACCCCCAGGACCACCCAGAGCCGAAUAGGAGCAGAGGAACCCCCAAGACCACCCAGAACCCUGCAGGAGAACCUUUAGGACCACCCAGAACCGAGCAGGAGCAGGGAGACCCACGGGAUCACCCAGAACCGAGCAGGAGCACAGGGACCCCCGGGAUCACCCAGAACCGAUUUUGGGGGGUCCUCUCCCUGGUUUGGGGGAGAAGAUGCAGCCCCCUGCGUUCUCCCCGUGUGGGGCUGAGCUGUGCCAACCCCUGCAGCGAGGAGCCCGUCCCCGUUCCCAGCCCAGUGCAGCCGCGCACCAAGAGGCGCCGGGAGCUCGCCAGCGAGGAUGAGGAUGAGGACGGUGGGAGCUCAGGCACCGAACCGGCCCCUGCGGCUCCCUGCUCCGAGGAGGAUGAGGAGGAUGAAGGUCCACAGCCCCAGGGGAGGCGGAAGCGCAUCCGCUGCCUGGAUGAGGAAGAGGAGGAUGACUGAGUGGCUCCCCAUACCAUGCCUGUGCCCAGGCCCUGUGCUGUUUCCUGGGCUUUUUUGCAGAUUUUAUUGGAUUUCUGCAGGUUUUCUGCAGUUUUUCUGGUGUUUCUACAGGUUUUCUGGGGUUUCUGCAGAUUUUCUUCUGCGGAUUUUGAUGCUGCUUUUAAAGGCUGCACAACCAACCAGUUUCUCCGUCUUCCCCCACCUUCCCCUGGUCUCACCAUCUCCAUUUUACCCCAAAUUCCCUCUUUUUCUUCAGCUCUUGGGGUUUUUUUUUCCUAAAACUUUUUACAUCUAGACAGGGCCUAAAUAAAUAAAGGUGACUUUUGGCCUUC